CCCGCGCCGACACCCGCUCGCCACUCGCCCGUCGGGAGCCGCAGAGGUAGUGCCGCCUGGGAUUUUCUCGUCUCGUACUGACUGAAAAGUAGCCGCAAUGCCGCGUAUAGACAAUGACAUCAAAUUGGACUUCAAGGAUGUCCUCCUGCGGCCCAAGAGAUCUACUCUGAAAAGUCGAUCGGACGUAGACUUGGAGCGAACCAUCACCUUCAGGAACUCCAAGCAUACAUGGACGGGUAUUCCUGUCAUUGCUGCCAAUAUGGAUACUGUAGGCACUUUCGAGAUGGCCAAGACUCUUGCCAAGCACAAAUGUUUUACAACUAUACACAAGCACUAUAGCAUCGAUGAAUGGAAAGAGUUCGGAGAAAACAACAAAAGCACACUCAACUAUGUGGCAGCUUCUUCAGGCAUCUCAGACUCCGACUGGGAGAGGCUCCAGCAGAUCCUUGCAGCUUUUUCUGAGAUCAGAUUCAUCUGCCUGGAUGUUGCAAAUGGCUACUCAGAAGUAUUUGUAGAAUAUGUUAGAAAAGUUAGGAAGAACUACCCAGAACACACAAUAUUGGCUGGCAAUGUGGUUACUGGUGAGAUGGUUGAGGAGCUGAUUCUAUCCGGAGCAGAUGUGAUCAAGGUUGGAAUCGGGCCUGGCUCUGUGUGCACCACCAGGAAGAAGGCUGGUGUGGGUUAUCCUCAGCUGUCUGCAGUCAUUGAAUGUGCUGAUGCUGCACAUGGUCUUGGUGGCCACAUCAUUUCUGAUGGAGGUUGCACUUGCCCUGGAGAUAUUGCAAAGGCUUUUGGUGCUGGAGCUGAUUUUGUGAUGAUGGGUGGAAUGCUGGCAGGCCAUGACCAGUCAGGUGGAGAGAUGAUUGAACGCAAUGGGAGGAAAUUUAAACAGUUUUAUGGGAUGUCAAGUGCUACAGCAAUGCAGAAGUAUUCUGGAAGAGUAGCUGAGUACAGGGCCAGUGAGGGAAAGUCUGUAGAAAUACCAUACAAAGGAGAUGUGACACCCACCAUUCUUGACAUUCUUGGAGGACUGCGAUCAGCCUGCACUUACACAGGAGCAGGAAAACUCAAGGAGCUCCCAAAGCGCACAACAUUCAUCCGUGUCACUCAGCAGACUAAUGAGAUCUUUGGAGGCCUUGCUCCAGCAAAGGAAUCAUGAUUGAUUUAUAGCAGGAGAUUCCCAAGAGAAUGUAAAUUCCCCAUUUGAAUUUCUUAUUAGUUAUUUUCUCCCACAUACCCAUGUCUGUCCAUCUUUUAUUUAAUAUCUUUUGUCAUGGUGUCCAAAACAUUUUACCAAGCAAAUUUUACAAUUUAGUUUUGUUUUGUUUUCUUUUAGUAUCUCAUACUAAUGCCUGCCAGUAAGAUCAAAUGUAAAGAUAUACACAUGUGAUAAUCAGAAAACAAUCAAAGUAUCUUAUAAUUCUUAGAAGUGAAUUUGAUUAUUCAUCUGUAGAAAAAUGUAUGACAACACAGUAGCUAUUCAUACUUAAAUUCAUCAAGAAAGUACAAAAGAACGUUUAAAUUGAUGCAGGUACAAAAACUUGGAAAAUGUAUUUGUAUAAUUAUGCAUUAAUGAAUCUAAGAUCCUGUCUGAAUAUUAUGAGUAAUGUCAUAAGAUUUUAGUAGUUCUUAAGUAAAUGCUGAACAUUUACAUGGUUGAAGAUUUUACAAGAUGGUGCCAAAUUGGUGAGCAAAAGGAAAAGCAUUUUAGGAAGAAAAUAUAACUAUUAAGAGUAUAUUUUUGUUUUCUUAAUAGUACUUGUUACAAGCAUACUAAAUGUUUUACUAAUGAGGUGAAUGUUUUUAUUUGUAGUCAUGAAGGACUGCUGUCAUUGCUAGACUGUAAUUUUAUAGAAAGAUAUUAUACUCUCAUGUUAUAGUCAUUAAGCAUAUAUGCCAUAUUAGAAAAUGUCUAGUUGAAAAUAGUUAACACAGGCGCAGAAAGUAUUAUUAGAAGUCCAGUUGUUCAGCCUAAUCUAGUUUUAUUAUCUGCAUCAGAUGUUUAUUGCAAGUGACAAGCAUUUUGCAUUAUAGUACUCAGUUGCCGCACAAUCUUUAUUUUAAUGAUCUGAUAAUUGCACCAAUGAUAGCAGUUUAAGGAAGGUUUUAUAAGGUUCUAACAAAACCAUUUAAAUCAUAUUUGUAUAAUUUUUUGUAUAUAUAACUCUGUGGAAAGAAAGAUGUUAGAUGUGGGUGGAACAGGCUUUUCAAAUUUUAUUCUGAUUGGUAUAUUGAUUUGUGGUGUGACUUCAGAAUCUGACAUCUAACAGUGUCUUUUUUAUGGAAGUUGAAUAUAAAGCAAUUAUAUUCUUCUUAUAUAAUGUACAUGGCUGUGUUGUUCAGUGGUGGAUGAAGAUCCCAUGUUAAUUGUUAAAUAAAAUGAAUCUAUGCUUA